AUGCCUCAGACCUUUCGAGGUGAUGGAGUCCCACCUCUAACUGACAAACCAGGGACUCCUAAGAUACGUCUUGGCAAACAAAUGGUAAUGAGAUGGGGAGCUAUUAAUAUCAAUGGGGGCUACUCUGGGAAGAAGGUAGAGCUGGCAGAGACUGCAAGUAAGAUGGGGCUGGACGUUUUAGCUGUUAGUGACAUUCGGGUAAGGGGUGAGAAAGAAGAGGAAGUGGGAGAAUACAAGGUCUACCUGUCAGGAGUCAAAGCAGGAAUAGCACAAUGGGGUGUAGGGCUUUACAUCAGGAAAGAAAUGGAACCCAGCGUAGUUGCAAUAAGGUAUGUGAACGAUCGACUGAUGUGGAUAGAUUUGACAGUGUCUAGCAAGAAAAUUAGGAUUGUAUCAGUAUAUUCGCAUUGUGAAGGGACAGAGCAAGAUAAGAUGGAUAGUUUUUAUGAGGUACUCAGUGAUGUAGUUGUUAGAGUAAAGGACAAGGACAGUGUUCUGCUCAUGGGUGAUUUUAACGCCAGGAUUGGAAAUCGAACAGAAGGGUAUGAAAAGGUUAUGGGUAAAUUUGGAGAGGAUAUGGAGGCCAACAGGAACGAGAAACAACUCUUGGAUUUCUGUGCCAGUAUGGGCUUAGUAAUCACAAACUCCUUUUUUAAACAUAAGAACAUUCACCGAAUGGUGAAUGAAAAAUCACCGUCACAGUACUGGCGCACAGUUCUUCCAUAUGAGUUGUGGGCCUUCGUGAAGGGUUUGGAGAAAGUGAAGUGGAUUAAGGACUUGUUACCAGAAUGUGAUGUGCAUAAUAUUGAAGACAGAUGGUACCCCUCACCUCCAAGCUCCAGUCGAAAACGUGUGUUGCCAAACAAGAACCAGUGA